GAGCCGGGGGCGCGGGAGGGAGCCGAGCGUGAGGGAGAAGCGAGCGGGGAGGAGCCGAGUCGGAGUCUGCCUGGUGUCGCUGCCCCCUUGCUCCCCCCUCCGUCGCUGACAGGCAGCAGCCGGAGCCACCGGGCGGGCGGGCAGCAGGUAUGAUCUCAAACACCAUGAGUACGUGACUUCAGAAAUGGACAACUGGAUCUAUUAUAAAUUGUGAUUGGCCUUAAGCUGACUUGCAACCAUAAGAAAACCUCACAGUAUCUCUAUCUCAUUCCUGCUUGAUACCUAUAUAGUCACCUCACGCCACCACUUCAAUCAUGUAUGGAAGUGCUCGGUCAGUUGGUAAGGUUGAACCAAGCAACCAGAGUCCUGGGCGUUCACCAAGGUUGCCAAGAUCACCGCGCUUGGGUCAUCGUCGAACCAACAGCACAGGUGGGAGCUCUGGAAGCAGUGCUGGGGGUGGGAGUGGGAAAACGCUUUCCAUGGAAAAUAUUCAAUCCUUAAAUGCUGCCUAUGCCACAUCUGGCCCUAUGUAUCUAAGUGACCAUGAGAACGUGGGUGCUGACACCCCUAAAAGCACCAUGACUCUUGGCCGAUCCGGGGGGCGGCUGCCUUAUGGUGUUAGGAUGACUGCUAUGGGUAGCAGCCCCAAUAUUGCCAGUAGUGGGGUUGCCAGUGAUACUAUUGCAUUUGGAGACCACCACCUCCCUCCAGUGAGCAUGGCAUCCACUGUGCCUCACUCACUGCGCCAAGCCAGGGAUAACACUAUAAUGGAUCUGCAGACACAGCUCAAAGAGGUGCUACGAGAAAAUGAUUUGUUGCGCAAGGAUGUAGAGGUGAAAGAAAGCAAGCUGAGCUCCUCCAUGAACAGCAUCAAGACCUUCUGGAGUCCCGAGCUAAAGAAGGAGAGAGCCUUGAGAAAAGAUGAAGCUUCCAAAAUCACCAUUUGGAAGGAGCAGUAUAGAGUGGUGCAGGAAGAAAACCAGCACAUGCAGAUGACGAUCCAGGCUCUCCAGGAUGAGCUUCGGAUCCAGCGGGACCUGAACCAGCUGUUCCAGCAGGACAGCAGCAGUAGACCCAGUGAACCAUUUGUGGCAGAGCUGACAGAGGAGAACUUCCAACGGCUUCAUGCAGAGCAUGAGCGCCAGGCCAAGGAACUUUUCCUGCUGCGCAAAACCUUAGAAGAGAUGGAAUUGCGCAUUGAGACUCAGAAGCAGACCUUAAAUGCCCGUGAUGAGUCCAUCAAAAAGCUGCUGGAGAUGUUGCAGAGUAAAGGACUGUCUUCAAAAGCCACAGAGGAGGAUCAUGAGCGGACAAGACGGUUGGCUGAAGCAGAGAUGCAUGUCCACCACCUGGAGAGCCUGCUGGAACAGAAGGAGAAGGAAAACAAUAUGCUGAGAGAGGAGAUGCAUCGUCGGUUUGAAAAUGCCCCUGACUCAGCCAAGACAAAAGCUCUACAAACUGUUAUUGAAAUGAAGGACUCAAAAAUCUCCUCCAUGGAACGUGGCCUCCGUGACUUGGAAGAGGAGAUUCAGAUGCUGAAGUCAAAUGGAGCUCUAAGCACAGAAGAGCGUGAGGAGGAAAUGAAGCAAAUGGAGGUGUACCGUAGUCAUUCCAAAUUCAUGAAAAACAAGGUAGAGCAACUGAAGGAAGAGCUAAGUGCCAAAGAGGCUCAAGGGGAGGAGCUGAAAAAAAGAGUGGCUGGUCUCCAGGCCGAGAUUGGUCAGGUGAAACAGGAGCUGUCACGCAAGGACACUGAGCUGCUGGCCUUGCAGACAAAACUGGAGACACUCACAAACCAGUUCUCUGACAGCAAGCAGCAUAUCGAGGUGCUGAAAGAAUCCCUUACAGCUAAAGAACAGAGAGCUGCCAUCCUGCAGACAGAGGUGGAUGCACUACGAUUACGUCUGGAGGAAAAAGAGACCAUGCUGAAUAAGAAGACAAAGCAGAUCCAGGAGAUAGCCGAGGAGAAAGGGACUCAAGCAGGAGAAAUACAUGACCUCAAGGACAUGCUGGAUGUAAAAGAACGCAAGGUCAACGUUCUUCAGAAGAAGAUUGAAAAUCUCCAGGAACAGUUAAGAGACAAGGAAAAACAGAUGAGCAGUUUGAAGGAUCGAGUAAAAUCCCUGCAGGCUGACACCACCAACACUGACACUGCCUUGACCACACUGGAAGAAGCACUUGCAGAGAAAGAGCGAACUAUUGAGCGCCUGAAGGAGCAACGGGACAGGGACGAGCGAGAAAAACAAGAGGAGAUUGACAACUAUAAAAAAGACCUUAAGGACCUGAAAGAAAAAGUCAGCCUUUUGCAAGGAGAUCUCUCUGAGAAAGAGGCUUCCCUGUUGGAUUUGAAGGAACAUGCCUCAUCGCUGGCUUCUUCAGGACUGAAGAAGGAUUCCAGGCUCAAGACACUGGAAAUUGCAUUGGAGCAGAAGAAGGAGGAGUGUCUGAAAAUGGAAACUCAGCUGAAGAAGCAUCCUGAAGUUUUAUUGAGCCAUCCAUCCAAGCCAGCUCAUGAAGCUACACUGGAGGCCAAGGCCAGCCCAGAGCUGAAUGACCGAUUCCAGCAGCUGGAGCGGGAGGUGGCACUGUACCAGGAAGACACCAGUAAGGCUCAAGCUGAAGUGGAUCGUCUUCUGGAAAUCCUGAAGGAGAUGGAAAAUGAAAAGAAUGAUAAAGAUAAAAAGAUAGCAGAACUUGAGAGCCUCACCUCAAGGCAAGUCAAAGACCAAAAUAAGAAGGUAGCAAACCUGAAGCACAAAGAGCAAGUGGAGAAAAAGAAGAGUGCACAGAUGCUAGAAGAGGCCAGACGGAGGGAGGACAAUCUCAAUGACAGCUCCCAACAGCUUCAGGAUAACCUGCGUAAAAAGGAUGAUCGGAUUGAAGAAUUGGAAGAGGCGCUGAGAGAGAGUGUGCAGAUAACUGCAGAGCGGGAAAUGGUGCUAGCACAAGAGGAAUCAGCCAGGACUAAUGCUGAGAAACAGCUAUUAAAUGAAACAGUGCAUAAGGCCAACCAUUUUGGCUUUAAAUGGCUCAAGGUAGAGGAGUUGAUGAUGGCUAUGGAGAAAGUGAAGCAAGAACUGGAGUCCAUGAAAGCAAAGCUGUCCUCUACCCAGCAGUCUUUAGCUGAGAAGGAGACCCAUUUAACCAACCUACGAGCAGAGAGGAGGAAACAUUUGGAGGAGGUUCUGGAGAUGAAACAAGAAGCUCUUCUAGCUGCCAUCAGUGAAAAAGAUGCCAACAUUGCUCUGCUAGAGCUUUCAUCCUCUAAGAAGAAGACCCAAGAUGAAGUGGCUGCACUGAAGCGAGAGAAGGACCGCCUGGUGCAACAGCUCAAGCAACAGACUCAGAAUCGCAUGAAGUUGAUGGCAGAUAACUAUGAGGAUGACCACCUCAAAUCCUCAUCCCAUUCCAACCAAACUAACCACAAACCCUCUCCAGACCAGAUAAUUCAGCCCCUUUUAGAACUUGACCAGAAUCGCAGCAAAUUGAAGUUGUACAUUGGACACCUGACAGCCCUCUGCCAUGACCGUGACCCCCUGAUUUUGCGUGGACUCACCCCACCUGCUUCCUACCACCUGGAUGAUGACCGGGCAGCUUGGGAGAAAGAGCUGCAGAAGAUGACCCAGGAACAGCUUCAUGGUGAGUUAGAAAAGGGUGAGAGGGACAGUGCUGAGCUGCAGGAGUUUGCCAAUGCCAUCCUACAGCAGAUAGCAGAUCACUGCCCUGACAUUCUGGAGCAAGUCGUCAACGCACUUGAGGAGUCGUCAUGACCUCAGCUGCUAGCCCGAACAGAGCAGCACACCCAGUGACCAAGCCCAGUCUGUCCAAGAAGUCAUUAGAAUGGAAAGAAUUGUGAAAGAAGGACAAGGGAACAGGAAAUUUUGGUGCACCUUUUACAAAGAAAGAAAGGAAAACUUUAUAAAUUACAUGCUAUCUUGGUUCUUCCAGUCUAUGCUUACUGAAUCGUGUCUGCAUUCAUCCUCUCACUGCCUUUCUAUUUUGGUAUCUGCCUCCCAGCUAACUUUCUCUUGUUGGUAUUGAGGCUUUUGGAUACAUCUAAGCAGAGACUUGCUGAAUCCGGUCAACAAAGAAGAGGGCUUUUGGACAUGAGUGGCUAUGAUUUUUUCUUGAGGUAGUGAAUGGGGGAGCGCUUGUCUUUUGUUGCUGUUUUUUUUCCCAUACAAACUGAAAGCCUGAAUUUCUUAAUAAUAAAACUGAGAACACUGAUCAAGGCUCAGAGCUGGUCAGCAUCAGCUAGCUAUCUCAGGAUUUGCUGUCUGUCUCUAAAUUAGUGACUUCUUAUGGAAAGUUUCCUUAUGUGGUCCUACUGGUCACUUCCAUGCAGUAACUGUGGGACAAGAUAGGCAUAUGGGUGAUUUCUGAUUGGUGAUUUCUGUUUAUUUUGCCUCACUUUUGUUGUUCAUUGGCUCUGAAGUACUGAUAAUGGCUUUUUUCAGAAGAAUGUUUUCUUUAGUUGUCUUUCUUGGUCUGUCCUAGUUAUUUUGCAUCAUAGUGUACCUCAUCUGUAUCUUGUAAAUUCUUGUUUACAGAGAGCUUCCUUCCUUCAAACAGGCUCUGGGCAGCAGGGCAGCUCCUGGACUUGACUUUUCUCUCUUACUAUUGAUAAUUUUUCAGGCAGUAGCUUUUGUGAAUUCUAAUUGCCAGGAGACAAGUCCUACACAUUGUCUACAUGAGAAAGUUGCAACAGUUUGACUAAAAGUAUGAUUUUUUUUAAACCAAUUUAGGUAAACUGGUAGAACAGGCUGUGUGAACGCUCUUACUUCAAUUUAAAUCAAGUUUAUUUUGAUUUAUCUCAAGAAUCUAUGGAAGCUAAACUGAAAUAAGCCAUUCUUAAAUCAAAAUAGGAGUAUCUACACCAGUGGUUCUCAAACUUCUGUACUGGUGACCCCUUUCACAUAGCAAGCCUCUGAGUCCGGGCCCUCCCCCCCCCCCUUAUAAAUUAAAAACACUUUUUAAUAUAUUUAACACCAUUAUAAAUGCUGGAGGCAAAGUGGAGUUUGGGGGUGGAGGCUGACAGCUCAUGACCCCCUGAUGGGUCCCAACCCCCAGUUUGAGAACUCCUGAUGUACACUAUGCUUUCCAGUGGUUUAAGUAAUUUGGUUUAAAAUCAUACCAUUAGUUCAACCAUUGCAACUUUUGUAUGUAGAUGAGGCCUUAUCAUAGGUCCAUCCACCCCUCACCUUACUAAAUCCCCUGCUGCUAAGUGAUGUGAUCUCACAUAGCUGAUCUGCUUGUCAUUCUAUUAGCAAAUCAGAAUCUUCAUCAUGGCUAGGACUCUGAAUGUUCUUUCAUGCACUUUUCACUGAUGUUGAAGACAUGGUUUUGUUGCAAGAGCACCUGUGAAUAUUCACAGGACAGAACUUUUUGGCAUCACCCUACAUGCCCCUUAAAGGAAUUAUCCCCUUUUGAAUUUUUGGUGCUCUCAUAUUCCAGGUUAAGAAAACAGAGUUUUGUUACAUUAAAGAAGAGGGUGGAAAGAUUUGAAAACCAGUAUCAUAGUGGAGAGAGUGCUGGCUCUUCACCUGCUUUCCCAGCAGGUCUGCAUCAAUAGUCAAUGUCUUGACUCCUGGUUCCUCGGCUCUAGCUCUGACUGAUCUUUCAAAGUCUAGAAAUAUCUGAUAUUAAAUGUCCGUAAUCCAAGCCUUUAGGGCAGACUCUCAGUAGACCUUUCACCAUUUGGAGCCUGCAGUGUAAUUUCCUCUCCCUCGCAUGAAAUUCUGAACCCACAUCACAGAGCCCAUUCACUGCCCAAAAUGCUGUAGUCCCAGUCAGCUAACCCAUUUCCUUGUCUUUCAAGUCUGCAGAACAGUUUCCUCCACCUCUUUUUCCAUUUUUGGGUUGACUAACCCCUCUGGAUAUGAAGAUGAUUGGCAAAAACUUGAGAGUCUACACUCACCCUGCGCUUAUCUGAAAAUAGUACUGAAAGUCAAAGCAAGAAAAGGUUUUUCACUGGCAUUCCCAUAAAAUAUAAUGAAUAGUUUUAAAGUAAACCAUGUCUAAGCUCAUUCUACCUUUCUCAUUAUGAAAGGACGUAGUGGGUCAUCCAUUGCCAACAGCCAACCACCUAAAGGAAUUCAAUCUUCUCCUCUCAUUGGUAUAAAAGGGAACAUUUUAGGGGGAACUGGAUAAAUAAUAGUGUCCCCUCCUGAGUUUCCUAAGAUGUUCACAUUUAUUUGUUUUGAGCCUUUGUUGCUUUGCAAAUCAGGAAAUACAGCUUUAGUUCUCAUUGCAGUGAUAGGCAGUGUCUGAUGCUUUUUUGUCCCUGAACGGGAAAGGAAUGGGAACCUGACUGUUUGCAGGGUGAAACAGCAUGUACCGGAAGGCAUAUAGACAGUGACUGUACAUACCACUGAGCCAUGCCUCAUACCAGAGCCGCUCCUUUGGCCUUAUUAUUUGAGUCAGCACGUUUUGAUAGAAACUGUUUUGAAAUCCUUCCUCUUGCUUUCUCUUCAUCACCCAUAAUUACUCACUUUAGGAAUUUAAUGCUGCCUAUAAAACCAUCACAGCCAUCAUCGUAGCAUCUUCCCACCACCACCGCUUCCUGACUGUCCCAUUAGCUUAUAUGGUCAAAUCUCCAGCUGUCCUUGUUCCCUGCUGUAAAAUAAUCCUCUUUCUGUGAGAAGCUGUGGAAUUUUCCUUAUCGAUGGUUCAAAUGACUCCUACUCGUAAACCUCUUACUGAGAUGCUCCUUGAUAGUGUUUCUGUGUAGUGGAGGGGAGUGAAUAGUGGUCAUUUGUGGCUAUUACUUCAGUUCCCUUUUUUAUUGCACUGCCCAUAAAUCACAAGAAACCCCCGAUUUUCAAUGCUGGGAUUUCUAGGGUCUUUAACUCAGCUGCCACCAUGUGGCUGCCCUUCUGUACAACUGGAACUGCCUCAACAAAGGCAUGUCAGUCUCAUGACAGUGGGUGCAAAGUUUGUGCAGUGAAAGCCACGUAAAUCCUACUGUUUGCACUCUACACUGCUCCCAGCAUGUUCUUUGGAGGGAUUUGUCAAGCAGGGAUAAUUCUCACUUUGGGUUUUUAUCUUCAAGCAACACAUUUGCUGUUUUUCUCCAUCUGAAAUAUUGUGCCUUGCUGCAUUUCCUUCCAUUACCUACUGUUGUCUUGUUGGGCUCCUAGCCCUGCCACUGUGAACCUUGAUCUAAGUCCUCAGUAAAGUGAGUGAGCCAGAUCUUGUCUGGGAACGGACUUGAUCUGACUUGAUCUCUAGUGAACUGUUACAGAUAAUCUCCUUUAUCCUGCUUAGAUAGAGAUCAUAUCAUGCUGAAUAGCCCUGGGAGCUGCUUGAUUCAGGGCGAGAUGGCUGGCCAUUAAUUCUGAACAUGACCCGUCUCAACAUUUUUUCUUUUAUGGAGUGCCGUGCCAUUAGCCUUAGGGUAACUCAUGGAUUUAGGUGACGUAGGAUCAAUCAUGAGAUGGCAUAUCAUGCACAUGUGGGGGGGAUGAUGUCCCCGCAUGCACGUGUGCAGUCACCCCGUUGCUCAACCUAUCAAAGCUCUUUUAAACUUGUAUUUCCCCAUCUCAACUUCCAGGGAGACCAAGCCAGUUACUCAGGAAAUACAGCUCUAUAAUGCAGUAGUAUUCCUGGCAAAUUCAUGUGCCCUUUCUGUUUUCCUGCCCCAGAGUCCAGUUUCCAAGGACAACCUUACAAAAAGAAGCUGCGGAAUCUCACUUAUUCUUGUCACAUUAAUGGAGUUCUGCUUGCUAUAAAAUUAUGAUGGGGUUUUAUUGGUUUAAUUAUUUUUUUCUUUCAAGCUAUUCAAGUGCUUAUUUGCAGAGAAGCUGAGAGGUUUAAGAACUGGAGAAACUCUCCAUAAUAGAAUAAACAGGAUAUGUCACCAGGGUUUGAGUGUAGAUACGAGUGGAGCUCCUCAAACCCCACCUAGUCAUGAUCAUCAAGAAUCCAAGAUCGUUUCCUUUGCACCAAAUGUGGUUUAAAAACACUAAUGAAACUGACACUGCAACACUAGAAUUGCAAAAACAGUGACACUAUUUGUGAUUGGAGGAAGAAUUGAUGAGCUACAUGCCAGGUGAAACUCUAGACUUGUGAUAUUGUCUCUUAUGUGGACUACCUUUGGCUAGAUCUUCCCCUAAGAAAUGCCAAACCCUUUUUGAAAAAUCCAAACUUCAGCUAAUCCCUGGGGGUGGAGGAUGAAGGUUGUGAGAUACAAGAAUCUGUAUGUGCCGUUUCCAGGUGUACUUCUGGACUAAUACUUCCUCUAGCAAUUUUUUGAUACUGUGUGUCUCCUAUUAUUUUAUACCAGGGAAAAAUUGAGACCUCUCUUCAGAGGAGUGCUAAUGUCAUAGACCCCCCGCCUCACACACCCUGUUUUCUAAACCCAGUGGUAUCUGUUUUUCCUCACCCUUAUAGCUCCCACCCGUAGCUGCUGCUAAUGUUUGUGUUAGGAAAUUCUCAUAUCUGAUAAAGGGUAAAUGGAGCAGCCCCCACACAUCCCAUUGUCAAUCACUGCCAUGAGGGUUUCCUUACAAAGGGUGGUGGGAUAAAGAAUCCUCUGAUUCCAAUAUAAAGCAAAAGUUCUGUUACAUCACCAAUGUCCAUACUCCACAAGGACUUCAUUAAACUAAAAAGGAAAGUAGUACAAUCAAGAUGUCUGGGAUUAAAAAGAAGCCCCUACUCAACUGAGCAUCUGCACUGACCCAGACAGCGGAAACAGAAGGCUCUGGAUAAAUAACACUGCCCAGUGAAGCUAGUGGGGUGGGAGGAUCAGGCAAAGAACAAUUUUUGGACUGUGCUGAACUGACAAGAUAAACUCUUUGCCAAUCACAUGGUCAUGGCAGAGAAUGUGUGUCAAGUUUUUAAAACAAAAUAAUGUUUUUAAUGGGGCUUUUUUCCAUGCAAGAAGAGGAAACCCUAUGCUACAACAGAUCCUUCUGAACAAAAUGGCUGUCUGCAAUUUUUUAAAAAAAUAAAAAAGAAAACUGUUUCAAAAGUUUUUAGUGUCAAAUGCAUAAACACAAGAAUCCUGACUUUAUCCAGUGUGUGUGGCGAGUGCUGUAAUCCUAUCAUCGGUAUUUUCCCUGACUUUUUCAGGGUAUUUUUUCCUGUUUUGUUUUCUGCUUGUCAAUAUUGUCUGUGUGGUCCUUUGGCUCAGACAGUUACCAACAGUGUGUGUCUGUUGUCAGAUUUAAAAAAAAAAGCGAUAGUAGUAGAACUGAAAAUGAUGUGUGUUUAAAAAUAUAAUAAUAAAUGUAAAUAAAAGGAAUUCAAGUUAUGACACAGCAAAGCUCUGACUCCUCCUCCUGGGUUUGUAAGGAAAAGGAUUUGUGGACUCAUGAUUAUAAUCAAUUGCCUUUAACAGGCUAGUAAUAGCAAAACUAGUUUGGCCUCUUAGGAAAUAACCCCAUACUGUAUGUUCCCUCUCCCCCUGUUUUACACUGUACAUAGUAACCACCGAGUAUAGAAAUGGGAGGGGGAAAUAGUAUUUUAGAAACUAGACUUUACUAGUAAAGUUAUCAGCCCAGCAUGUCCUUUAGGUUAUCACCCAUUGAUAUAAAUAGAUUGGAUGCUUUGGGGCAAAUUUUCAGACAUUGGCACUUGAACUGCACCUAUAAAUUAUGUGGGUAUGUGCAAAUGCAUAUUGGCUUCUACAGUUACCAGUUCACAUAGUGCAAUGCUUAUGUUGCAGGUGCCUGUUUUUAAAACUGUAUCCAGCAUCUUUUGUGCAGCAUCAAAGGGCUUCCAGCCCUUUUCUGCUCCAAUUAUUUCAAAGAUUGGAUUAUAUAAAAAGACUUUGUCAACUUAAAACUGCAUAUUGGUAAACAGACAUUUCUGUACUCGUGUUGUUAGUGACACCGUAAGUUAUUUUAAAUGAAUGUAUUUUUUACAAUUCUAUUUUUCACUAUGCUGUUUGUUUACUUUUUGCACUUUUUCUAGUUUGGACACUGCAAACUAAGGCAAUCAGUUUCACUUUUUUGAAUAGCCAUUUUCACUUUCAUGUCCUGCUCUGUUGGGUUUAUUUGUUCAAAACCACCUGUUUCAGUUAAGAAUAAAAAUCAGGGAACCAUUUCUAUUAAUAGGCUCUAGUCUAGGACUUUGUAAAAGCUUGGCUCUAUAAAUCUAAAUUUCGAGCCAAAUAUAAAUUAGACGCUGACCCUUUACUCUACUUUUCCCCAUUCACCCCGCUCUCAAUGGUUCCGAUCAGGUCUCAGUCUUAGUGAAGUGUAUGUAAUAACACUUUUCCUUUUAUCUAGUAACCUCAGUAUUUGUGAAGAGCAUUAACUUCCAUUUGGCCUGUUCCUGUGACAGACUUGGAGAAUUUAAGUUUUGAGUUCAGUAAUUCUCUCUCAACAUUUAUUCAUUUAUUUGUUACAGUAGUUCCUGGGGCUGCUAUACUGAUAAAGUGCUUAUAGAUUUCUGAAGGAGGAUAACUCAGAUGGGACCACAGCCAGGGGAACCAUUUCUGUGCUGAUCCAACAUGCUGCUCCAAACCCACUAAAACAGUAUUACUGUUUCUCUCUGUUUCACUAACUGAUGGAUAGUACACCAGAUUCUGAUUUACCAAAUUGUUCCUGGGGAUAGCCCAGUGGAUUGUCAUAAGGAAUAAAAUUUGUGGGACACCUGCUCUAUAGCCAGGGAUCCCUUAUUUGCUUUGGAAGAGACAUGUUGCACUUUAGUGGAGGAGGAGAUUGGCUUUGGAUAUAGAGUCUGGCAUACUUGAGUUCCUUUUGGAAAAGCAGCAGCAGGAGACAUUGAUGUCUGUGGUGCAAGUGUGCACGCUGCCUUCAACUUGUAUGUGUUUUAUUGCUGGAGUCAUGUUACUGACAGGAUAAUGAAAUUGCAAAGAAAAUGUGUUAUAUUCAACUUUGCCUUGAUAAUUAUAAACACUUUUUGUUCAUUUUUUCUUCUUUUUUAUUCACAAACUAAAUUCAUCAAGAAAUUAUAAAAUUAUUUAAAAACUC